UGAAUUGAGAGCCUUGCUGUCCCAUAUAUAGGUAGAGAGAUAUUUACAUAUAUUUUUUCACCAUGGCAAUGAAAGCUGUUAGAGUUCUAGAUUUGUGUUUUCUAUGGCUUCUAGUUUCUGCCAUCUUGUUAAAAUCUGCAGAUUGUCAUAGAUGGAAUAAGAAGCUUCCAAAGCCCUGUAGAAACUUUGUGUUAUAUUUUCAUGAUAUAAUCUACAAUGGUAAAAAUGCCCAUAAUGCAACAUCUGCACUUGUUGCAGCCCCUCAAGGAGCUAAUCUCACCAUUAUGACUGGUAAUAACCAUUUUGGAAAUCUUGCUGUGUUUGAUGAUCCUAUUACUCUUGACAAUAAUCUUCAUUCUCCUCCUGUGGGAAGAGCUCAGGGCUUCUAUUUUUAUGACAUGAAGAAUACCUUCAGUGCUUGGCUUGGCUUCACAUUUGUGCUCAACUCAAAAGAUUAUAAGGGCACCAUCACCUUCAAUGGAGCAGAUCCAAUCCUCACCAAGUACAGAGAUAUAUCUGUUGUGGGUGGUACUGGUGAUUUCUUCAUGGCAAGAGGAAUCGCUACCAUUUCUACUGAUUCAUAUGAGGGAGAAGUUUAUUUCCGUCUAAGGGUGAACAUCUCACUCUAUGAGUGCUACUGAACAAACGCCUUCGUCCUCUGUCUUUCUAGUUUUGGUACUCCUUAAGGAAUAGUUUUUGACUAUGUAAUCCCACUAUUUGAAGA